UAUGAGUCAUUUGCCAAACAGGCUUUCCUAGAAAUGGAGGCUAUCUUUGGUUAAAACAGCGGUCAUGAGCUUGCGUCGAUCGAGUAGCACUGUACACUAUCAAAGCGCAUGGAGUUAGUUCCGCAUGCAUCACAACUGAUCGAUCCCACCGCUCGCAUGGCAUGCAUCGCCGCUUCUGUAAGUAACUUGAGCCAUGGAAAGCAAGCAUGGAUCGAUGAUUAAGCUGCUAGCAAGCUCCGAUCCAAGGGAAGUCAAAUGCCUUCAAGACACUCCACCCUCACUGCUCCAUCUCCAAAAGCAGCUCUGAAUUCUGAACCGCGGCUAGAAUCCUGCCCCUUUGCCGCCAUUUUGCGCUGCAUCCCUGCAGCAUGCGUCCAUGUACGCCUAGCUAGAGCUAGAGCUAGCUCGCGCGCUGCGUGAUCGAUGGCCCUGCUCACCUCCCUGCCGAGGCCCAGGAAGCAGCGGUGCCCCUCCCACACAAUGCUCCCCCUCUCGCCGUCCCUCCUCUCCCUGAUCCUUCUCAUCCCCUUCCUCUCCCUCCUCCUCCUCCACCGUUCCUCCUUCCCGGGCUCCUCUUGCUCCCCGGCCCUGGCGGGGGCCGCUUCUCACCGGGGAAGAAGCGCGGCCGGCUUCGAGGGGGACCUGCGCGACAUCGAGUUCUCCUGGAACCACCUGCCGUUCUCGGCGUCCAGGCCGCCCCCCGCCAAGCUGAAGAUCGCCGUGUUCUCCCGGAAGUGGCCCGUGGCCACGGCGCCCGGAGGCAUGGAGCGGCACGCGCACACGCUGCACACGGCGCUCGCGGCACGAGGCCACCGCGUGCACGUGUUCACCUCCCCGCCGCCGCACACCGAGGCCGCGCCAUCGCCCUCCGCCGACGGGCCCCAGCUCCACUUCCUGGACGGCGAGCCGGGGCAGUGGCGCUGCGACGAGGCGUGGAAGCUCUACGAGGCCGAGGGAGAGAACGACCCCUUCGACGUGAUCCACUCCGAGAGCGUGGCCGUGUUCCACCGCUGGGCGCUCGGCGUGGACAAGCUGGUAGUGUCAUGGCACGGCAUCUCGCUGGAGGCCCUGCACUCGGGCAUCUUCCAGGACCUGGCCCGCGGCGACGAGGAGCCCAGGUCGCCGGCGCUGAACCAGAGCCUGGGCCAGUCCGUGUACCGCGUGCUCUCCGAGGUGCGCUUCUUCCGGAGCUACGCGCACCAGGUGGCCAUCAGCGACUCGACGGGGGAGAUGCUCCGCGACGUGUACCAGAUCCCCUCCCGCCGCGUGCACGUCAUCCUGAACGGCGUGGACGAGGCGCAGUUCGAGCCGGACCCCCCGCUCGGGCGCGCGUUCCGGGAGGAGGUCGGGGUGCCCAAGGGCGCCGACCUCGUGCUGGGCGUGUCGGGCCGGCUGGUCAAGGACAAGGGCCACCCGCUGCUGUACGAGGCCUUCUCCAAGCUGGCGCUGCGCCACCCGAACGUGUACCUCCUCAUCGCCGGGAAGGGGCCCUGGGAGAACCGGUACAUGGACCUGGGCCGCAACGCCAAGGUGCUCGGCGCCGUGCCGCCGGGGAAGCUGAAGGCGUUCUACAACGCGCUGGACGUGUUCGUGGACCCGACGCUGCGGCCCCAGGGGCUGGACCUGACGCUGAUGGAGGCGAUGCAGUGCGGGAAGCCGGUGGUGGCGACGCGGUUCCCGAGCAUCAAGGGCAGCAUCGUGGUGGACGAGGGGUUCGGGUACAUGUUCGCGCCCAACGUGGAGUCGCUGCUGGAGAGCCUGGAGGCCGUGGUGGCGGAGGGCGCCCGGCGCGCCGCGCAGCGCGGGCGCGCGUGCCGGGAGUACGCCAAGUCCAUGUUCGCGGCCACCAAGAUGGCGCUCGCGUACGAGAGGCUCUUCCUCUGCGUCAAGAACGACACCUUCUGCGGGUACCCAGCCGAGUUCGAUUGAGCAGCUCCUGCAUGCAUGUGCGUUUUGCUAAUAAUUAUACAAGUGCUGUACGGUGCUUUUUCCGUCGCGUUUUUACGUUGAACUACCAGGCAUAUAGAUAUUUAACUUGGAGUCCGUUUUUAUGAAUACAAACAAAUGAACAAAAAUCUACGAAUUGCUCUUUUUUACG